AGAGGGUGGUUCUUCUUCUUGAGAAUUCUUGAGAAGGGAAACUAUCGAAUCCCUUCGUUCCAUAAGAAGAAGUAUCCAUCAACCCCUUCUUUACUCGGGAAGUACCGUACCACCCUCGUCGUGACUCAGAGGAGAUUCAACUGGUCCGGAAAAAGGAUGACGGUGUUAUUGCUGUACUCCUGCGAGAUGUAUGAUUACGUGUACUAUUUGUUCGGCAGUUUCACAUCUCGCAACUACCUCAGAUUACAAUCUUUGUCUACCAUGAUGUUCCCUCGCCAUCGUUGAAAUUCCGCAAUUGAUUUAUGUUAAGAGCUUUCUUUAUGAUGAUGUCCCCUCGAACUUUAGCAGUACUUACAACUGCAUUGAUAUCCUCUACUACCCUCCGAGCAGUCAGCGCCUACAAUGUUGACGCAUCUAAAACGUCCAUCAUCGUUGAAGAAGAAAGAGAAUUAUUGGGCCAAUCCAAUGGCCGUACGGUGGAGGUAAGUUCAGAGAUAUCUGUAUCUUUUGGAAACAUUGUAAACAACGAUGAACGGUAUCAAAGUCUGACCUUCUCCAUUUUCUGUUCGCUACAUUCCAUAUGAAUAUGAUCAGUUGGAGAACUCGUCGCUCAACGCGAAGUUGACAAUAAGAAAUCUAUCUGCGCCGAAGAUACGGGAUGACCCAAAGUACCAUACCUUGUUUGCACCUUGUGCUACAUCCGUCGAAGCAUAUUGCUCCAAGAGCAACUUUGAAGAACCAGUUCAUCUCCAGUCGUCGAACGGCACUUUCACAAUUCUUCAAGAUGCGCUUUUGCCAUAUUCAAACCAUAGCGACGAUGAUGACGAUGGUUCAUCUUUUUGCGCUUUAGUGGUCAAAAAUGAGAAUCUCGACGACACCAGGUCUCGUCUGAACAAAGUAUUACCCACCUGCAGACAACUUCAUCCAAUUGACCCCAGCCUUUGCGUCGCAGUUGAUAGCAAAUUCCCACUUCUACCUCUUCGAAACCAAGCUGGUCGUCAACGUGUUAUAUACGAAAUGCAUGUGGCAACAUUCAGUCCAGAUGGAACGUUUGAUGGUUGUAUUUCUCGUCUUUCUUACCUCGUCGAAUUGGGAAUUACGACUGUUCAGCUCAUGCCUGUUAACGUAGAUUAUGACUCCUCUUGGGGCUACUCAACAGCUCACAUAUUUGCUAUCCGAUCAGAACUAGGGGGAUACGACGGUCUGAGGAGGUUCAUUGAGGCGGCACAUGGUGAAGGCUUAGAGGUGUACAUGGACGUCGUCUACAAUCAUGCCUCCGCCAGGACGUUGUUAUAUGACCGACAAAAUCAAUGCGAGGCAAAUGGAAACAAGUCCAUCGAUAGGUCUUUGCCUUCAACAUACUGUCCUUCUAACAACUUCAAAGAAAAGGUGCCCUGUAUGUUCGGUGAUUAUUUCUACAACAAUGGUGACCAAACCACGCCCUGGGGACCUCGAUUCAAUUACUCUUCGAAGCAAGUUGUGUCGUACUUGAUGUCCAACGUCAAGUAUUGGGUAGAGGAGCUUGGUGUUGAUGGUCUACGAUUUGAUGCAACCGUAUGCAUUCGUAAGUCACGUGGAAGCAAUAGCGAAUGUUGGCAGCCUGAUGCAAUACCAAAUGAGUACGGGGCCAACUUCUUGCGUGAGAGCACCGAAUAUCUAUCCAAAAUGAACCGUUUCAGUAUUGCGGAAGAUUUGCAAAACGAUCCUCUCAUAACUUCAAAGUCAUCUGGAGAUGGCCUUGGUUUCGACGCGCAGUGGGGAAACGGCUUGUUUUACAGUUUUCGAGAGACCAUGCGCAGUAAGGACAGGAAGAGCGUCAUGGAAGUUGUGAAAACUAUUGAAAAUCGGUGUGAUCCAAAUAAUGGAGAAUGGAUAUCAUACACAGAAACGCAUGACAUUGCUAGUUCUCAAGCAGACGGGCAUGCUAGGACAGCUCGGGUUUUAGAGGAUCUUGUCGUGAAUGAGUCACUUUUGCAGCGCGCCCUUAUUCUUCCUAUUGCACUGUCAUUGAUAUCAUGCGGUACGCCAAUGAUUUUCCAAGGCCAAGAGCUGGGAGAGAAAUUGCCUUUCGAUUAUGCCAAGCCGCCGCCACAUGACUGGGAAGGCUUUGGCAAGGAUUGGCCAGGUCUGAAUUACGAAGUAGCUUUGGAGACGCCAGUCUGUGACCCUAAGUCGGAGAUGAGUGAGAAAAAAAAAGUUUACGAGAGCACAAAGGCUCUUCUGAAGAUUUUUUCUCGCGAAUACUUUUUUGUGAAAGCUGGUCAAGAUAAGUUCCCAACUUCUGCAGCCUUAGAUUUUGAACUUGAAGACUCUUUGGGAGGCAAGCUAACGGGCGUGUUGAACUUCGAAGAAGCUACUCUAAAUGCUACAAUAUUUUCGGUGCCGACUCCAGGAUUUUGGAAGGUUGUCUUCGAUUCAACCAGUGCUGAUUCAGGACACGGUAAAACUUACUACGAAACCAAGACAAUUUCUGAUUUACAUUACAUUGAAUCUUUAGUAAUCCCGCCACUGGCAACAAUUUUGCUACAGCCUGUCGACGGCGACUUGAAGCCUGACAGCAGUCCCCAGUGCAGACCGAGUUUUUUGCAAUCGAUCAAAUUGAGUAAUCUGAAGUUUUUCAAUCAAACAUAUUGGGAAAAUCACGUGUCGUUAGAUCUUUAUCCAUUUUGGAACUCAAGUGAUGCACUUGGUGGAGACGAAUAUGGAAACUUUCCUACCUAUCGUUGCGAUGAUGGUGGUGCAUACGACAAAAAGAUGAAUCAGUGCAAAGAAAUUGAAACAGCCCCGAUGUGGAUCACGGAUUACACAGAUUAUGAUAUUGCUGUCCAACACUCUCGUCAGAUCUUUUUCUACAGUGUAGGUUAUCAUCUGACUGGAAACAGUAAAAUGCUGCGGCACGCAAAAGCUGGCGUUGAUGUUUUCUUCAGAAAAUUUGUAGAUGGUGACAGAGGAGCCAUCUGUACCUAUGUUUCUAAGGUUGAGAGAUUGUGCCUUCCCAACGAGAAUGAACGAACUAGUAUGGAGCAUGCUAAUGCCCUGAUCGGUCUUGCGAUGUUCUAUUAUGUUACCAGGGACGAAGCUGUGGGAAAUUUCAUUUUCAAAUCUGUCGAUUACACGUUUUCACAAUGGUACAGAGAGGACUGGUAUAUGAUGGGAAUGGCAAACAAGACGAGCGCCAAACCCUCUGUUCCGGUGCUUGAAGGUGAACCACUGGAAGUCAGAAAGGACAUGCUGGCGCAGCUGGACCAACUAAAUGCGUACCUGAUGAUUCUCCGUGGUCUAUCGAUGGACUCUGCGCAAUGGAACAAACGAAUGUUGGAUCUAGCUCUCGCGCUUAAGGAUUCCUUUUGGGAUGAGCACUUCAAUAUUAUGUGGGGUAAUGCAAAUUAUAAGGUAUUAAACUCGGUGCACUCAGAUUUCGGGCAUUCCCAGAAAAGUCUAUGGUUCAUUAUGAUGACCGCAGAGCACUUGAACGACAAGGAGUUGUUUAAGUGGGCGUAUACGAGGGCGAUGAGAAUGAUUCCACUUGCCUGGCUUCCGCGUAGGCUGUUCCAUAAUGUCACCACUGGUGAUGUUGGGACGUGGGCUUUUGAUAGGACAGAGUCUGGCGUUAGUAAUUCUGGGCACGUUUGGUGGGUUUAUGCUGAGUUGUCGCAAACAGCCGCGUUCAUGUCAGUUUCGAAUCCUUCUAUAGCGUCAGCAGUCACCUCAAAAGCAUAUUCCGCAUACAUGGACCUAUUUCUUGAUCCAGACUCUCCGGACAAGGGUGUCUUUCACUGGAUAGAUUAUCUGACCCACGAGCCACAGUUUGCCAAAGGUAAGUGUUGAGAUCCUGCAGACCAGAAUCUGACUCUGUGCUAUCUCAAGAGUGAAUUCGUUCCUCUUUUUUGCUUUCGUGCUAAUAUUUAUCUUGUCCACUCCAUUCAAAAGGCCAUGUGUGGAAGAAUGGUUUCCACGAAGCUGAACACGCUCUUAUUGCGUCGAUCUCCAGUGCAGCAUUACAGAACCAAGAAUUACGUCUUUACUAUGCACCAAGAAAAGCCUCCCUCAUUAAGAACGACGUUGACUAUAAUGAGUUCUACCCAGGAUUUUUCAAGGGUACAAUUUCCAGGAAUGUGACAUCUGAUAACGAUUCUGAAAUGUUAGCCAACCACACGAAGGUGGCAAUCGAUUGGGCAGACAUAAGGAGCACCGAUAGUCAUGCCGACCCAUCAUGCCUUGGUGUAUCAUGUUCGGGCAACGGUAUCUGCUUCGAAGGUGAAUGCCUCUGUUUACAUGGCUGGACUGGUAAAAAAUGCAACGUCAAUCCAUGUGAAGACCACUUGACUAUAACAACAAGCGAUAAAAACUGUGAUACUUGUACUGUGACCUUCAAACUCAACCCGUCUACGAUUGCACCUCAUCCAAUAUCUAAGGUCAUGCUGGCAGGAUCAUUCUCAAAUUGGUCAGCUAUUGAAAUGGAACUGGAACAACAUGACGACUCUUCUGACACGUUGUACUCCAAACUUUAUCCAGAGGAUAGUUUCUAUCACGGCUUCUCCAACUCACGGUUAUACUCAGUGGAUAUUGAUAUCCCGAACGGCCAGAACCAUACAUAUAAGUUUGUCCUCGAUGAUUCGACAUGGACGUAUGAUAAAUGUAAUCCUGAUGCUGUCUUGGAUGGGUUAACAACUGCUGAUGGGAUCGAUAGUAUGGACCUAAACUCCAUGCUUCACGUCUCAUGUCCACCAUCGGGCCGAACAUGCGAGCUAGCAAAACAACUGAGGGAUGAGUUCAAUUCAAACCCAACUCAAGAAGGAGGAGAAGGAGACGCAGAAGCAGAUUCAGAUUCAGAAGCAGAUGAACAAAAAGGAGGUGACGCUGAAUUAAAUUCGGGGGCAAUUGUACAGUUGUUUGAAUGGAAUUUUGAGAGCGUUGCAAGAGAGUGCAAGAGGUUGGGUGAAGAGGGAUGGACAGCAGUACAGCUUUCUCCUAUCAACGCUCAUAUGAAUUUAGGUCCUAAAGUUGUUGAGAACUAUGAUUCAGGAGAUUCUUUGAUGCCACCAUUGUAUCCUUGGUGGGAAAGGUAUCAGCAGGCAUCAUUCAACGUCAUGUCACGUUCAGGAAGUGAGGCAGAAUUGAAGGCAGCGACAGAAGUUUGUACUCACUAUGGCGUGCAGGUUUGGGUUGAAGUUACUUUGAACUCGGUGAAUGCUGCACCGUGUUGUGACCUUCCACAGUCAUCCGGAUUGCCUACGUGUGACAAUUUCUUUAUUGACGACUCAAAGAGCUGUGCUGCUGAGCGUGUCUUUCCCACUGCAGGUUUCGAUGCAGGUGAUUUGCAUUCGCCUCCAUGUGGAAUUGGCAACAUCGGAACAUGGGGGAGCCCUGAUGUAACGCACAAUUGCGAUAUGACUGGUCUACCAGAUUUGAACACGAGCUCCGAUCACGUUCAGAGGACUCUCGCAAAGUAUCUGGACCACUUACUUGAGCUAGGCGUCUCAGGAUUCCGCCUUCUGGCUGUGGGCCAUAUUGAUUCGAAGGAAGUUGAACAAAUCCUUGCAAGGAGCCAGAAUCAAAUUCGUCGACAUGUCUUUGAAAAGACAGGAGCCAGGAGUAUGCUUCCAACCCUUAUAGUAGAUUUGUGGCCGUCUUGGCUGGUGCGGUUCCCUCAUCUACAGCCGGCCUUCUAUCCGGACUCAAUGACACCUUUCACCUACAAUCAACUCAGCAGCAACACAUACAACACAGACCUCGCUUGGUCCUUUGCAGUUGGGGACACCUUUUACAACAAGGAUGAAUCGCCUACCCUGACAAACCUCACAGAACUUUCUAUAACCACCAGGUUUUCACAUUCUAUGUACAAACAAAGAACUGAUCGUAUACCUCUGGAUGCGUUAAUCUUGCAGCUAACAAAUCACUUCUUGACGUUUUAUGGGGUAGAAAACUGCACAAGUUCAAAGGGCACGGCUGAUAUCAAUGGGAAAUUCCAUGACAACGUUUGUCCAAAUGUAUUGACGUCAACCUGGGAUGAGCACCUUCUUGCCCUAGGAUCUAUCUGGAUGAUGACCUUGCCUGUUGGGUACACGAGGAUUUAUUCCGGUUAUGACUGGCAAAGAUCUUAUAUCACUAACGAACAUGGACGUCCAUUCGAUACCUUGUUUAGUUCUGGACCACCUAGGACAUACGAUGGCGGCACACAAAGCGUAUUGUGUGAUGCCGCCAACAAGCCUCGUCAUGAUUUAUCGCCAGCAUUUGUAGAAGAUGGUUCAAGAUGGAUGUGCGAACACCGCAAUGUUGGUAUUGCGGCAAUGCCCAAGUGGCGGAAAGAAGUUGCAAGAGCCGGUGCUUAUCAACUGAAAUUGAAUGAGUGGAUUGGGAGUGGCACUGCGAAUGAUCUUUUUGUAUCCAUUUCCCGCAGCGUGCGUCAGGGACCCAACAGACCGCUGAAGGGAGGAUGGGCAGCAAUCAAUGCACACGAUAAGGACACAGUGAAGAAACAGUUUGCAACUAGGCUCCCUGCUGGGACGUACAGAAAUGGCGCCAGGGGUAAUGGGGGGGAGACCUUAGUUGUUGACUCGCGUGGUAUUUUGGAAGCCACACUCAGUCCACUUGAGAGCAUCAUCAUCCACACAGGAGAUAUGACUGCCCCGAAAGGAGGCAAUAUUCCUGCAACCGUCAUCGUUUUCAUCAUAUUUUUGUGGAUGCUGCUACCAGUCGUGGCUUCUGUUUGGAUUUUGACGAAAUUCAGCAAGGAAAGCGAUAUAGUUCUAAAGGACGAUGCUUCUUGUGCAAUCCCUGAGAACGGAGAAAAGAUAUCCUUGUUGAAUGCCAACUUUGAUUGCAAAGAUGAAGAAACAAUGAUCGUGAAUGACAUGAACAAAACAAGGGCCAUGAUUUGUACCCUCGAACAUAUUGUCCCCGAGACUGCUCUGUCUAGAAAAAUAAACCAGAAGGUUGGCGGCCUGGGAAAGGUGAUGGAAGUAGUUGCAAAGUUUCAUCCAGGAGAAUUGAUCAUGGUAACACCUAUGAUGGGAGGCGUCUCUUAUCCAGUGAUGAGAGAGGCGGAUCCUGUUUACUGCGAGGUCGAAGGCAAUAUUGAAGAAGUACGAAUUUUCCACUUCCGCUGGCCAGGGAAAGACCACAAAGUAGAGAGCAUAUUUUGCAAGCACGAUGGGCUGUUUGGAAAACGCAUGGACAAAGACAAAGAGUUGUAUCCUGAUGACUCUGCCGACGUAGACUACUUCCUCCACUUUUUCACGUUGUGGAAUUUGACUGUCGCUCAGCUGGCCAUGAGGCACCGCAACUCCAUUGACGUACUUCAUCUAUGUGACUACCACACAAGCUUUGCCCCAACGUACAUCAAGAGAGACGGCGUGAAGAUCCCAACUCUCUGCACCCUCCACAAUGCAUCCUAUCAAGGCAAUAUAAUGAACCAUCUUAGUCCAAGCCUUUUGGGACGUAUUUCAAAAAUAAGUGGAAUACCAGAAGAGGUCAUUUUCAGAGAUUUUACUCAUGAUAGCCAGUUCAACAUGCUUAGUGGCCUAAUUUCACAUUUUCAAAAGGAGCAGAAUGGGCGUGGGUUUUGUGCAGUUUCGAAGAGGUAUGCAAAGGAGGUACCGAUUCAACUGGAUAAUUUUCGAGCUGGUAUGCUAAAGGUGAGGUCUUUGCCAAAUCCUGAGCUCAUGGUUAAUCGUCCUUCAUCAUUAGAAGGAAAAACAUCGUUUGAAGAAAUCCGUGUCAUAAAGAAGUACAAAAAGCAAGAGCUACAGAAAGUUUUGAACCUUGAGGUCAAUCCAAAUGCAAUAGUUGGUGCCUUUGUUGGGAGGAUGGUCUACCAGAAGGGAGUUGAUGCAAUUGCAGAUGCCGCAACAGAGCUACUUUUGCGACAUGGUAACUUACAGCUUGUUGUUGUCGGACCACCGGGUGAUAUUUUUGGCGAGUACGCAGCUACCAGGCUCAUCAACCUUGCUCGAAACCCCCUCUUCAAGAGGCGGAUCUUCGUCGUACCAAAAUUCUACAAGUUUACAGCAGAUCAUAGGCUCGGAUGUGAUUUUGCACUGAUGCCGUCUCGAUCAGAACCGUUCGGCUUUGUGGACAUCGAGUUUGCACACUGCGGAUGUCCCGUCAUUGGUUCGUUGGUUGGUGGCCUAGGGAAGACUCCAGGAUGGUAUUUCAAGCUUUGGGAGGGAGGUGAUUUCAAUCAUAUUAAGAUGCAGCUUAGUCGUACUGUCAGCAAAGCUGUUGAAGAAGGACAAGAAAAAAUGCUUGAGAUUGGCAUCGAAGGUAUUUGUACAUCUUUUCCUUUGAUGAAUUGGCAAUUUAAAUUAUACGAGCUAUACAAAGAGGUGGAAGAAUCAACGAAAUGCAAUCCGAGGGCUGAUGGAGGCAACGAUGAUACAUUAUGGACCUUUCCAUUUGAAGAAGACAAUCUGUACUUAGUGAAUGGCGUUGAUGAUAAGAAAGUAACGAAUGAUAUGGGAGAUUGUAAGGAUGCUGAAAGUUUAGAACAAGAUACCACUCGUAUUCGAAACUCUGAUUCGUCUGGAGUUCAUGUUGGGGUUCCUAAUGGUGACGAAGACGAACCACAACAUGAGGUGAAAAGCAAUUUCAAAAUAGAACAAAACUUGAACCAUAAACUAUUAACGGGGAAGACAGCAAGCGUCAAGAGUGUUUUCAAAAGUACUGUUUGGAAGCCAGGUGACUCGGUCAAGAAUGCUGAACAAAGCAAAACUUACUUCCAACAAUUGUUGAAGGCAAAAGUAAUAGGAAGAACUAUUGAGACCUGGAUCGUUUGUCUUUUAUCCAUUUUGAUGCCAAGCCAUUCGACACUCAUCUAUGCGAAGGCGAUUGUUUGGGCAUCAGCCUACGGCUGGGGUGACAACUUCAUUGGUGGCUUGUACGCUAUUCACACCGUUUCUUUUGCUAUUGGUUGUCUUAUUUGGAUCCAAAUCAUGCAGCGACUUCCGAUUGGCAAGUGCGUAUGUUUUUCGGCCUUUGCACAUGUGGUAUACCUUUUUUACUUUGCGCCUAUCAGUAGCUAUGGCACUGCAUUGACAAUAUCAUUUGUUACUGGGUUAAUUUCUUCAGCCAGUGGCCCAGUAUUCACUGCCGCUAUGUUUUUUGACGAAUGGGAUGGAAGUCUCAGGUCAAAGGUUCGAAACUACGGUUGGUUAGAAGGUUCACGAACUUGUUUCUCAGGGAUCGUGCAAGGCUUCAUUAUCUACAACUUUUUGUUCAUGGGACCCUCGAAUGAUGAUGAUGAUUAUGACGACGACGCCGGCUUUGCUUUUUCUGCAACAUUACUGAUCAUUUAUGGUUGUGUUGCUUCGUUGACGGUUCUGGGUGCCAGCAUACUUUACUUGGGUAUGAAAAGGGAAAUGAAUACAAUGAUUUUGCCAAGGGUCCCUUUGAGCGGCAUCCAAUCCUUCCAGGCGUUUCCGCUCCUGUCACUGUCUCAUAUCAUUGAUGGCUUGAUAAGUUAUCCAACACUUUUUGUGGUGUCUUGGCUGUUAUUGGAUGGCUACUCUGCUGAAGAAACAGGCCUUUGGAUACAAGUGUCAUCGGUUGUUCAGGGGACAGCCAUCUACUGCUUCGCAGCUGUUUUCAAUCGUUACAUGGAAGGGCGAAAGUGUAUCGGUGUUAUUGCUACAUUCUUGAUAAAUCCUGUUGUACUCCAGGCUUUGAUCAUGUUGUCGGCACCAAAUUUUUCUGCAAACUCAGUCCUUGUUCUCCUAGGACUAACAUCGUUUCUCAUCAAACUCAAGGCUGGACUUCUGUCUAUAUUGAAGCUUCAUGUUUUGCCGUCGAGAUGGAAGGUUGUUACAUUCUCUGCCUAUGAGUUGUUCUUCUCCAAUAUCGGAGCAGCUCUGAGUCCGUUUUUGAUCAGGUCGAUGUCGAAUGCAAUGUCUUUGUCUCUCAACACAGUCGGUCCAGGAGCUUCGGCUGAGGCGGCAGCGUUGGCAAUAUUUUACUCUGUUCUGCCUUUUGUGGCUGUUAGCACAGCACUGCAGCUCUUUGCAAAUCGGUAUACGUUCAAAGACAUGCCGGAAGUUUACACUAAGCCCUUCAAUUACAAAAAGAACGGUGGAGAAAUCGAUCUAGGGUCAUCGCGUCAUUCGCUGUCUUCAUCAAUUCACUCACUGUGUCAAUCAUCUGAGAUGCAUAUGCAAAGCUCUUCAACUAUGAACAAAAUGAGGAAGGCACCGGAUAGGAGUCAUCACAACACUCGCUCUCUUCAUCUUACGGGAUAGUUGAUCGCCUAAGAUGGAACGAUCAGGGAAGCAAUUUGCAAAGCAGCCUGAAAUAUGCUAUACGACAAAAGGACAGUUGUAGAAGAAAGGAAAAAUUUACAGAUAGAAACAAACAAACAAAUAAUACAUACACACAUGGAGAAUAUGAUCAUAUUUCAUCGCGACGACAUAUGAAGAGAAAAACGGCAAUCCCUUGUCCACAUCAACUAUGAUAAAAAUGAUUGAUCUAAAAUUUUACUCAAUAAAGAAUAGAAGUAUUCACUAAGGAACGAGCAUGCCAUUGUUGUCUACCAGCGUGAACAGUACAAUAACUUUUGUGGACGAGGGCGAUGUUGCGCGUUUGGGAACAGCCACUGUUGACUCGGAACCGUUUGGAGCCGCGGAAAGCAGGAUCACAAAAGGUUUGAGGAACCGCCACCCUUUUUUGGAAGCAGAAUCGGCUGGUUGUUUGCCGCGAGGCUGGCAAUUGCGAUCGGGUACAGAAGACUGCUCCCAUCCGUAGCUCCAACAGUACAGCAGCAUCAAGGAAUGGGGGCGACAAAAUUACAGUGUUCGGUUCGGCAUCUUCCACAACCUUCGUGAUUGCAAUCUCU